AUGUCUAAUCAAAUUGACCGCAACGUUUAUGAGCAACAAUAUCAACAUGUUUCACUUUCGACAUUAUUUUCGAAUCUUCGAGAUUCAUCAGAUGACGACGAUGUAAGACCUCAUAGAUGCUCUAUCUGUACACGAGGUUUUGUUCGACAAGAACAUUUAAAUAGGCAUAUGCGUACACAUACGGCACGUCAUAUUGGUACUUGCACCUCAAAGAAACUUAAAAGUGGAGGUGGUGAUACAUCAUCAAUCACCAGUAAUAAUAACAAAAAUGCCGACACUCUGCUGGUUAAUAAUUCCGAAAAUAAAUCUCCUAGUGCAUUAGAAGAAGCUUCUGUGAGUCGACUUCCGGAAAUAUCAGGAGAAUGUAAGGAACAACUUUGGACACCAAAUAAUAAAAAUGAUGUGUCAUUUCUCUUAAUUCCAAGUUUGUUCGAUGCCGCAUCGGCUUCUCGUACUGAUCGAACUGGUCGAAUUUUGCCGAAACCAAUCGAGAAUGACUAUUUACCAU